AUAACGAGCAGAUGGUAGAGUACUUAAGGGAGCGGCCGCAGGCAUCUACACACCAUCACCAUGAAGUUCCUGCCAGUGAUUACGGUACUCGCCCUCACGCUCUCUUUAGCAGAGAGCCUAAUGUUGUGCUACAUGGCGUCAUGGGCCGUGUACCGGAACACCGAUGGAAGGUUUGAUGUGGAGGACAUUGAUCCCAACGUCUGCACUCACCUUAUCUACGCCUUCGCUGGAAUCGCCGUCACUGGGGAGAUCCAGGUGCUCGACCCGUUCCAUGACCUUUGCGCGGACGACGGAGAUUGCGCCUACGACAGGUUCACAGCCCUCAAGCAGCAAAAUCCUUCAUUGCUGACACUGCUGAGCGUUGGGGGCUGGAAUGAAGGUUCGGAAAAGUUCUCCACGGUGGCAGGCGACCCAGCAUUGAGGAAGACGUUCGUCGACACCUCCAUAGCACUCCUCAAGGAGCAUGGCUUCGACGGUCUAGAUAUCGACUGGGAGUACCCUACCCAGAGAGGCGGCGUGCCUGAAGACAAGGAAAACUUUGUGACCAUGCUGAGUGAAUUUCGUGAUGCCCUGCAUGCCAACAACAUGAUCCUGACAGCAGCCUUGACCUCGGCUAAGGAUACGAUUGACAUUUCCUAUGACAUUCCGGGCAUUGCCGAGCACCUGGACAUAGCCAACAUUAUGACCUAUGACUUCUAUGGUACUUGGAAUAACUACGUUCACCAUGCCUCGGGGCUCUACGCAUACUCCGGUGACGACAAUAUCUUCCAAAAUACCGACUUUGCCAUCCACUACUGGAUAGAGGGAGGGAUGCCGAGCACCAAGAUCGCAAUGGGUGUGCCCCUCUAUGCCACUUGCUGGACCCUGGAUGUCCCUACCCAGACUGAUUACUACUCUCCUGCCAGCAAUCCCGGUCAACCAGGGCCAUGGACCGAGUCAGAGGGCACAUUGGCCUAUUAUGAGGUCUGCUAUGGGCAGAAUACGGAACCAGGGAGGUGGGUGAUAAAAACGGCUGAUGGCAUGAAGGAGCCUUACACUUAUCGUGACAGUCUCUGGUGCUCCUACGAAAACCACACCUCUGUCGGUAUCAAGGCUGACUAUGCCAAGAGUCUCAACCUGGCUGGCAACAUGGUGUGGACCAUAGACUCGGAUGACUUUCGUGGCAAAUGUAACGACCGCACCUUUGAACUCAUCAGAACCAUGGUAGAGGUAUUCGGAAAAUAAAAGUUGCAUUUUUAAUGAAAAAUCCUUAAAUUGUUGGGAAUUAUUAAAUCUUUGUAAUUUAAUCUUAACAGAUGGAGUACACUGUACGGUACUGUAUGUGAAAAAUGUUCAUAGAUUCCUGUAAUGUAUUAAGAGCUUGAAAUUGAAUAAAUAUCCAAAUUUCUA